AUGCCCCCCACCUGGAGGAUCCUCACGUUGCUUCGCCCCUGCACCCAGCCUGAAGACACCAGAGAAACCCCCACACCUCCAGCCCACAACCCCAAACUCACGGGCCACACCUACAGGCCUAUGGAGGUAGAUACCCACCUGGGUGAGCCCGCCUCUAAUGUGGCAGCCCCAUCACUAGGGAGGACCUCUCCAGGAGCCUCUGCCCCCACCCAAGGCGGCUACGCCCUCCCUGAGGUGCGACAGGCACCUACCUCCUUCUUCACAGUGUGCAGCAUCUUCUGCCCUGUUUUGCCCCUGGGGGACAAGCUAGAGGGUGCAGAAGAAGUAGUCCAGUCGUGGUGGCUCCUGAAAGGCAUUUGGGGUGCACACGCUGUCACUCAAGCCGAGGAAGGAGCCAGACUUUUGGCCUCCAAAUCCCUGCUGAACAGAAAUGCGGUGGAGGGGCGAGACCUAACCUUACAGUACAACAUCUACAAUGUUGGUUCAAGUGCCGCAUUAGAUGUGGAAUUAUCUGAUGAUUCCUUCCCUCCAGAAGAUUUUGGCAUUGUCUCCGGUAUGCUCAAUGUCAAAUGGGACCGGAUUGCCCCUGCUAGCAAUGUCUCACACACAGUUGUCCUGUGUCCUCUCAAGGCUGGUUACUUCAACUUCACCUCAGCUACAAUUACUUACCUGGCCCAAGAAGAUGGUCCUGUUGUGGUUGGCUCCACCAGUGCACCUGGACAGGGAGGGAUCAUGGCUCAGCGGGAGUUUGAUAGAAGAUUCUUGCCUCAUUUUCUGGACUGGGCAGCCUUCGGGGUUAUGACCCUUCCAUCCAUCGGCAUCCCCCUGCUCUUGUGGUACUCCAGCAAGAGGAAAUAUGACACUCCCAAAACCAAGAAGAACUGAGUGGGUCUUCCACGGCCCUCCUCUCCCAAGAAACCAGGUGCUUUCCAGACUCCAAAGGGGAUCUCAAAUGCAAUCUCUUCUCCCUUCGCCCUUGGCCACCUUCUCCUGGAUUCUGCCCUGCUCUCAACCAGAGUGAAGGACCAGGCCUGGGAGUCUGUGAGAGCCUCAGUUGUUCCGCUGUGAAGCCAUACAAACAGGAAUGCCUUCAGCCCCAGCCUGGAGCCCAGAGGGCCCUCUGGGGCCCCACCGAGGUGCUGUUGGUAUAUCGCUGGCAACAUGAACUCUCAGGGGUCCAGGAGAGGCCCUUUGGAGACUGCCUGACACCACCCCCAUCCCCUAUCAUCCUCUCUCAGAAGAGGGUGAAAGAUGAAAUGAAAGCUGUGGGACUCAGAGGCUACCCAGUCUCUCUUCUGGGUUAGGGAAGCGCUUACCAAAUGGGGUUUUCUAAUAAAAACAAAUGCCACACACUGAAAAAAAAA